AACCGUUAGUAACGGCCUCCCUCCCCGCUGUGCUUUCCCGCCAUUGAAACAUCCACCUACUUUCUCGUAUACAUGGCUGAACCUAAUCCCUCGACCCUUUGUCCCUGCUAUUCUUUGCGAUCCGGCUCGUUUCUCUGUUCUUCAUAUUCUCUUUCGCCAUUGCGGUUUCGCCUAGGGUUCUUCUGCGCGUCUCCCCAUGCCAUUUCACUCUUAAUUUGCAUCGUCGAUCAGUAGCUUUGAAAUUUGAAAGAUGCCAAAACGCGUCAAGGAAGAAGACAAAAUUGAAAGGACCAUUCGUAAUCUUCUGAAACUUCCAGAGAACCGAAGAUGUAUUAACUGCAAUAGUCUGGGACCGCAAUAUGUUUGUACAACAUUCCUGACAUUUGUCUGUACAAAUUGUAGUGGAGUACAUCGUGAGUUUACUCAUCGAGUAAAAUCAGUGUCAAUGGCAAAAUUCACGGCAGAUGAGGUGACUGCUCUUCAAGCAGCAGGCAAUGAGAGAGCACGGCAAAUAUAUUUAAAAACAUGGGAUCCCCAGCGUCAUACUUAUCCAGAAAACAGCAAUCUCCAUCGGCUUCGGGACUUCAUAAAGCAUGUCUAUGUUGACAGGAAAUACGCGGGUGAGAAAAGUGUUGAUGAGCUCCCGAGGUUGAGACUUACUGAUAAGGACUCAUCACAAGAAGGGAGAAAGACUACUCCGUAUUAUGGUGGUUUACAGAGCCUGCAAGAUGAAAUGCCAAGAUCUAGUUCAAAGAGGGAACUUAGGAGUCCAAUUUUUUACUACGAUGAGAGAAGCAGUCCUCGUUAUUCAAAAGAAAACUCCAGAUCUGGAGGCUAUAGGAGAAGCCUCACACGCAUUGAGGUUGUAGAUAAUAGAAUCAAAGAUGAUAGACAUGGAAUUCGCAAGCUCGCAAGUGGAGAUUUCCAAUCGACUAUCCAGUUAAACCGUAGUCAAGAAAACUUAGAGAAGUCUUUUCCUGCAUUGGCACGUGAUAAUAAAGAUACGACGGUCAAAAUUGAACCUCCCAGAAGAGUUGAGGAGGAUGUUAGAACAAAUAAAGGGAUGGGCGCUGGUGGUUCUGAUCAGAAUGUUGUUCGUGCCAAUCCAGUGGAAACUAAAAUAGACAACGUAGAGAGCCUAAUUGACUUUACCAGUCCUGAGCCUUCUGAGGCUGCUACUGCCACAUCACAGACCCAAGAGAUGCCUUCAUCUAAUAAUGACAACUGGGACGCUUUUGAGUUAUCUUCAACGAAAAACACAUCAGCAGCGCCCAGUGCAAAUACUUUGGAAGCUUUGCUUUUUGAAUUAUCAGUACCAUCAUCUGGAGCUGGAGCUGAUAAUAAUCUGACUGAUGGACCUAUAAAAGCUGAUGCUCCAUCAACUGUUUCUGGAAGUACUCUUACACCGGAUUUCACUACGAGGCAGACAGCACUACCAAUUAGCUUUGAGUGUUCCGUAGCUGGAUCAACUGAAAAUGUACUACUGCAACCUUCUAGUGCAAGCCCUCCACAACUCACAUCCAAUAAAGGUGGUGACAUUGCACUAGAAGUUAUUAAUGGACAGCAGCCUCCAAACACGCAGCAAAAACAGACUUCUAAUUAUCCUUCUGGAGAUAAUGGUUUGAACUCACAGUCACAACUGAUAACUUCAGCUGUUGUUCCAAAUUUUGAAUGGACUUCUUCACAGGAAUCAAAUUCACAAGGACAUUCAAGUGUUUCAGCUGAAAAGGUAGAUGCUGAUUCAAAACCAGCUCAGGGUACCACCAAUGGAGUUGGAUUCCAACCUCCAUCUACGGAAAAGAGUUCUAGUGGAAGAAAGGAACUUCCUCUGGACCUUUUUGCUGUAAGCUACCCUCCAGUUGCCACCUCGCAUCCAGGUUGGCAGGCUGUAACUAAUCGUGUCAUGGAUCACAGCUUGCAGUAUUAUCCCACCCCAGCGACUGCAAGACCAACAAACCCAUUUGAUCUGGAUGAUGGAAAAAGUAGUAUUUACUCACAAAGUCCUCCUACCAGCAUGCCAGCUUCUACAGGCUUAACUCACGGUUAUAACUACCAAGCCGAAGCCCAAUAUCCAGGCUCAUACGUGGGGCAACAGUCGUAUGGGAAUAUUCCAUCUUUAAGAGCACAGGGAGUAGAUAACUCUGGAGGAUCCUCGUUCCCACGUCCUUUUGGGUCCUUCAACGCCGCACCUGCGCAGCCAAGUAGCAGAUAUCCAGCCCCUAAUACAGACCCAGUUGCUCCUUCCUUUGGCAACAACCCCUUUGGAUAGGCUUCACAAAAUCUCUGUGCCUCCCGAAAUCAGGUCAUCUCCUUCGCCUUCCUUCCUAUGUUUCCAGCAUACUUCUAAUCUAUAGGAUAUCUCCAUGAAGUAAGUAUAUAUUAGGAUGCGACUUGUGAGUGCUGAAAAAAUGAUCUGCAUGUACAGAUUUACCCCUGAGAUCAUCAUAUAGAAACUAACCAUAUGACUGCUCCUAAAAUGGUGACUUACCCUUGUGAUGAGUCAUCGUGACAUUGGUUUUAUAAUGUAUGAUUUGUUUUUCUUUUGAACUAUUGAUAAUUUUGAGCGUUUUGAAGAUGUGUAUUAUACUGUGGAUUGUGUUUGUAUCUUUUGUAAUAGAGACAAUGAAUUGAAAAUCUGGAACUAUG